GAGCGUUUCUGUGGUUGCCUGGUUGGGAGUGGGGAUGUAGGGGACAGGAAGCAAAGCUAGCUUGAGUUUUAAAAGUUAGGUUUCUAGAGAGGACCGCAGCGCUGGCAACAGGCCCGGUUAGGUCCGGAGCAGGCUGGUGUGUCCAGUACAGACCUGCACGCGACGCCCUCCACUGACGGAGGAGAUUGGGUUGGGGGAAGCUGCAUCUAGGUCAGCGAGGGCAAGACGAAGACGGACAUUGACGCGGGUCCCCUCCCAAUCCCGGCUACAGGGCGUCUGGCGGGAAGCCGAUUCCAGACCUAAGACCGAGUCUUCAGGUUUCCCCGUCACCCCAGAACCUUCUCGGCACUUCCGCUAAAAACCUGGCGGCCAACCUCGGAGCCCGCACCGCAGCGCGCAGGCGCGUCGGGACGGGGGGAGGCCGAGGACGCAGACGGAGGAGGCGUGUGAUCCGAAGGAAAACCUCCUGUGCGCCUGCGCCGUCCUCUCCUCCUCCCCGCCCCCCGGUCGGGGGGAAACAAACCCGGAGCCGUUGUCGCGCACUCUCCGGACUCCCGGCCGGGGUUGAUCUUCAGUCGUCAGUGCAGCGUCGCGUCGCGUCGCUUGCCCCGAGAGCUCCACAGGGGUGUUGGGAGGUGAUCUCUUCCGUUAACAGCUGUGUGCUGUCAACUCCUAAAUAUUUAUCUAUCUCAGACUUCUCUCCUGAACUCCAGAUCCUUAUAUUAUACUGUCUGUUGGAUAUCUUCACCAGGAUGUUCUCAAGGCAUUACAAGAGUUAAAUUCUGAAUAAAUCUACAGGUAGGAUGGACAGUUAUUUUAAAGCAGCAGUCAGUGACUUGGACAAACUCCUAGAUGAUUUUGAACAGAACCCAGAUGAACAAGAUUAUCUCCAAGAUGCACAAAAUGUGUAUGACUCUAAUUACUGUUCAGUUUCUUCAGAGUUAGUUUCCUCACAACUGACAUCGCUGCCACCAAAGUAUCAACAAUGCAUUAAUAGUUGCGCCUCAUCAGAAACAUGCUAUGAGACAAACCAGAUUGCCCUGAAUGAAAAAACCCUUGAGGGGCUAACUUGUAAACAAAAUGAAAAAAAUGUAGCAGGACUUGAUCUUCUUUCUUCUGUGGAUAGUGGUACUUCAUAUGAAGUCAAACCUUUAUAUAUGGGACGAUGUAGUAAACCUGUCUGUGAUCUGAUAAGUGAUAUGGGUAACUUCGUUCAUGCAGCUAAUAGUGAAGAAGAUAUUAAAAAAUUAUUGCCAGAUGAUUUUAAGUCUGGUACAGAUUCUUUGAUUGGAUUGGAUUUAUCUUUAGUGUCAGAUACUUACUGUGUUUCCUCAGCAGAUCAUGGUAGUGAUACUGUCACAGAGGAACAGAAUGAUGUUACCUCUGAAUUACAAAAUAGAGAAGUCUGUGGAACCAAAGAAUUGGGUAUAAAAAUAGACACAACACUUUCAGAUUCAGGUAAUUAUAGCGGAACAGAAAAUUUAAAGGGUAAAAAGAUCUCUAAUCAGUUAGAACCAACUGAUUUGAGCAUGCCGUCUCCUUUGACUGAGCAAAGUUCCAAAAUGUUUGAUGCCAAAGACAACGUACAACACAAGAACCAGCCUUGUGAAUUAUUAAAAGAUGAUGGCUGUUCGGUAAAAGAGGAGGUAGAUGUAGCAGUCAUAGCUGCCACCAAAUGUUUAAAAGAAGGAGACAGCACAAGUGCUUUGCCUUGCAGUCUUCCAAAAAAUGAAGGUUUAUGUUUAAAUGAUUCUAACUCAGGAGAUGAAAAUCCCAGAUUACAUGAUGUUUCCUUUCAGGAAGAUAAGACUGCUUUAUUUAUAAAACAAUCUAUAAAAGAAAACUCAAGAAAUUUAGACUUUCAAGAUAAUGAUGUACUCCAAGAUUCUUCUUCAACUUUACAUGUUUCAGGUGAAGAUGUGCAAUCCUCACUGUCCUGUCUUCCAGUAUCUGGGUCUUUGUGUGGAUCAUUAAUGGAAAGUAAAGCGCAUGGUGAUUGUUUACCACACAACGAGCAUAAAGAUAACAUACAAGAUGCAGUCACUGUGCAUAAAGAAAUACAGAAGACUGUUAUUCUAGGUGAGGAACCAUUUAAAGAGACUGAUCUUUUGAAACAGGAAAAAUUUAAAAAUAUAAUUUGUCAGCCAUUUAUUGAAAGAAUAGGAGAUGGAAAGAUAGAUGCUGACCAAACCGUAACCACAGCGGAAUCUUCGAAUUACUCUGAUAACAACAAUUCUGCAGCUGCAGAAUCUGCAGAGGAACUUUCUGGUGCUAAUGCCCCAGAGUCUCCUGAUUAUUGUGAAGGCCUCACUUUUUUAAGCAGUUGUAUUAAUGGGCAAGACUUAGGUUACUUCAAUAUUGAGGAAGGCAUGAAAAGCGACGCACUUAUUAGUGAUGCCGAACUUGAUGCCUUUCUGACCAAACAGUAUCUUCAGACCACUAACAUAAAGCCUUCUGAAGAAAAUGUCAAUGACUCAAAAUCUCCGAUGACUCAGAUGGCUAUGGAAGGCCUAGAUGAUGGAACCAUCAGUAAUAUAUAUUUCAAUGCUGAAGCAGAAGCUAUUGGAGAAAGCCCUGGUAUUAGUACGACUUGUGGAACAGUUGAUAAACAAAAUGCAACAGAAAAUGGUGACCUUUCUUUAGGAGAAAAAAGCACAAUUCCAACUGAACAAGGGUUAUCUAGCAGUAAGUCUGAGCUUACAAGUGAAUUAUCACCCUCUGAUAUUAAUAAUGAGUCUCUUCAUGUUGGAGGAGCCAGACCUAAGCAGUUGUUUAGCCUUCCAUCCAGAGCAAAGAAUUCAAAGGAAUUGAAUAAGCUGGAUAUUCCAAAGCUGCCUGAAAGUGAACUCAGUGUGGCAAAUGCCGUUGCCCCAGCCACUGGUACUGCAGAUUCUGGAACUGAUCCUCAGGUUAGCUUCAACUCUAAUUACAUUGAUAUAGAAAGUAAUUUUGAAGCUGGACCCAGUUUUGUAACUCCAGACAAAGAAUCUCUUCCUAUACCUAAAAAACCUUGUGAAGAAGGCUUGGUUUUGGGGCAGAAACAGCCUUCUUGGGUUCCUGAUUCAGAAGCUCCAAACUGUAUGAACUGCCAAGUCAGAUUUACUUUUACAAAACGGCGACACCACUGCAGAGCAUGUGGGAAAGUGUUUUGUGGUGUCUGUUGUAAUAGGAAAUGUAAACUGCAGUACCUAGAAAAGGAAGCAAGAGUAUGUGUAGUCUGCUAUGAGACUAUUAGUAAAGCUCAGGCAUUUGAAAGGAUGAUGAGUCCAACUGGUUCUAAUCAUAAAUCUAAUCGUUCUGAUGAAUGUGCCACCGUCCAGGCUGUCCAGGAGACCCAAACAUCCAGUAACACUUCACCUAUAGCUUUACCAACCUCAGCACUUAAACAACCAAGUAUUGAAGGAUUGUGUUCUAAAGAACAGAAGAGGGUACGGUUUGCAGAUGGUAUAUUGCCCAAUGGUGAAGUUGCAGAUACAACAAAAUUAUCAUCUGGAAAUAAAAGAUGUUCUGAAGACUUUAGUCCUCUCUUACCUGAUAUGCCCUUGCUGGAAAACACAGUGGAUUAUGCCCAUUCUACUACAGUGGAAAAACCAAAUGAGAUAGGAGAUAAUACAAGAAAUGAGAUUAUUCAAAACCCAAUUUCUCAGGAUUCAUCUGUGGAAAAACUGCUUAUCAACCCAGGAACUGAGGGGUUACCUACUUCUGGUUCUUUUGUACUAGAGGAUGAUGUUUUUGCAGAAAUUGAGCAACCAUCUAGUCCUGUUGGUGUUGUCUUAGUAAACAAUAAUUUACCUGUUGCGAGUAUUUCAGAUUAUAAAUUACUGUGUGGUAUUGACAAGUAUGUUUCCAAUAAGAUUAGUCUUCUACCCAAUGAUGAAGACAGUUUGCCCCCACUUCUGGUUGCAUCUGGAGAAAUGGGAUCAGUGCCCGUAGUAGAAGAACAUCCAUCUCGUGAGCAGAUCAUUUUGCUUCUUGAAGGUGAAGGGCUUCAUCCUGUUACAUUUGUCCUAAAUGCUAAUCUACUCGUGAAUGUCAAGUUGGUAUUUUAUUCCUCAGACAAAUAUUGGUACUUCUCAACCAAUGGAUUGCAUGGCUUGGGACAGGCAGAAAUUAUAAUUCUAUUGUUAUGUUUGCCAAAUGAAGAUACUAUUCCUAAGGACAUCUUCAAACUGUUUAUCACCAUUUAUAAGGAUGCUCUAAAAGGAAAAUACAUAGGAAACUUGGACAAUAUUACCUUUACUGAGAGUUUUCUCAGUAGCAAAGAUCAUGGAGGAUUCUUGUUUAUUACACCUACUUUUCAGAAACUUGAUGAUCUCCCCUUACCAAGUAAUCCUUUUCUUUGUGGAAUUCUUAUCCAGAAGCUAGAGAUUCCCUGGGCAAAGGUGUUUCCUAUGCGUUUAAUGUUGAGACUGGGUGCAGAAUAUAAAGCGUAUCCUGCUCCUCUAACAAGUAUCAGAGGCCGAAAACCUCUUUUUGGAGAAAUAGGACACACCAUUAUGAAUUUACUUGUUGACCUUCGAAAUUACCAGUAUACCUUGCAUAAUAUAGAUCAGCUCUUGAUUCAUAUGGAAAUGGGCAAAAGCUGCAUAAAAAUACCUCGGAAAAAAUAUAGCGAAGUAAUGAAAGUAAUAAAUUCUUCUAAUGAGCAUGUCAUUAGCAUUGGAGCUAGUUUUAGUACAGAAGCAGAUUCUCAUCUAGUCUGUGUACAGAAUGAUGGAGUUUAUCAAACACAAGCCAACCGUGCAACUGGGCAUCCUAGGAAAGUGACAGGUGCAAGUUUUGUGGUAUUCAAUGGAGCUCUAAAACCAUCUUCAGGGUUCCUUGCCAAGUCCAGCAUAGUUGAAGAUGGCCUUAUGGUACAAAUAACUCCAGAGACCAUGGAUGGCUUGCGGCUAGCUCUACGAGAGCAAAAAGACUUUAAAAUUACAUGUGGGAAAGUCGAUGCAGUAGACCUGAGAGAAUAUGUGGAUAUCUGCUGGGUAGAUUCUGAAGAGAAAGGAAACAAAGAUGUUGUCAGUUCAGUGGAUGGAAUAUCAUUACAAGGAUUUCCAAGUGAAAAAAUAAAACUGGAAACAGAUUUUGAAACUGAUGAAAAGAUUGUGAAGUGUACUGAGGUGUUCUACUUUCUAAAGGACCAGGACUUACCUGUUUCAGCAACUUGUUAUCAGUUUGCAAAAGAAAUUGCCAUGGCUUGUAGUGCUGCACUGUGCCCUCAUCUGAAAACUCUAAAGAGUAAUGGGAUGAAUAAAAUUGGACUCAGAGUUUCCACUGACACUGAUAUGGUUGAAUUUCAGGCAGGAUCUGAAGGUCGUCUUCUUCCUCAGCAUUAUCUAAAUGAUCUCGAUAGUGCUUUGAUCCCUGUCAUCCAUGGUGGAACCUCCAACUCUACUAGUUUACCAUUAGAAAUAGAAUUAGUAUUUUUCAUUAUAGAAAAUCUUUUUUAGUGGGAGGAUGUGUCAUAUUAAAUAUUACAAAGUGAUUUGUUAGAACUCUGGCACUAAAACUGAAGUGCUUUGCACUAAAUAUUUACACUAAAAGCAAAUAUGUUUGAUAUUUGAAACACAUAAGCUUUGCUUUUUAGGCAGGAAUUGUCUUUUUAAAUCAUAAGCAUGACAUUUAAAACUCCAAAAAUUGAAGGGAGUUACAAGUACUAAAAAAGCAAGAACUUCUUCUGCCUAAGAAAUAGUGACAUUUACUGUGUCAUUAAGUGCUAAGCCAAAGUGUCUGCACUUAGGUAUACCUCUUUAUGCCAAUAACGGUUUUAAUGACAGCUAUCUUCAGAUGUAACCUUGUGGGGGAAUAUCAGUUCUGUGUAUAUGCCAGUUAGAUUGCUGGCUUCUAAACUCUGUUAGAAAUGCAUUGCAGUGGCACAGGCCAGUUUUCAGAGCAUAGACUUAAAUGAUAAUUCUUUGAAUAAAGCAGAUAACUUAAUUGUGUAACUGGAGUGGAGAUCUACCUCCAUGAUUAGAUAAACUCUGAUUGUUUGAAUUAAAACCAGAAUUUUGCCUUUUUUCUUCUCGAAUUAUUAUAUAUAUAUAUAUGUUUUUUCUUGAUUAAAUGGGUAUACUUAAAUAAAUUGUGGGUGCUUUAGGACCUCGUGCUUCUAUAGUUAAGUAUAUUGUUUUUAUAGAGAGAACAUAUGAUUUAGUAUGUGUUUUAUAAAUCUUUAAUAAUUUAUAAGUAGGUGAUAUUUUUCUAUUACAGUGCAUUAUUUCCCCGCCUUUCCUUCCAAAGUAUACCACUGCGUUUAACACUUGUAAGAGAGACAGCAGGCCAGAUGACCCCGGAGGUAGUCAUAAUGUAGCAAUAAAUGAAGCAAUGAAGCAAGCUUUUUUUUACUUCCACUUUAAUCCUUAGAAUUUUCUUGGCAACUCUUCGUAUUUUCGUGGAUACCAAUGUAUUAAGUAUAAAUUUUAAUGAACUAAUUACUUUUGUGUAUUUAAAUUCUUUAUAUGGCAGUCAUUUUUGAUAAUGGAAUAUUAACAUAAGUUAAACUCUGUAUUUGAAGGAUACAUGAAACUUGUGCUUGAGUUACAGAGGUCCUUUGACCCAGAUCACAUUUCAGAAGCUGUUGCAGAGCUUUCCUUUUUACUUCAAACAGCAAAACAAAAGUCUGUGUGUUAAAAAAAAAAAAAGGGCAUAUUUUGAUUACUCCUGUCAUUUAAGUUAUAUAAAACUAUCAUUAUUUUGAUUUUUUUUUUAUUAUGUGGAGUAUAUAUAUAUGUUUUUGUAUCAAAAACACUCCUUGUAUAUCUCAAGAAAAAGAAAUUACACACAAUAGCCCCAUUU